CCGCGCCCGCGCCCGCGCCCGCGCCGCAACCUGGAGGACGCGGCCUCGCCGCCCCUGGGCGCGGGGGACUCGGUGGCCGCCUGGGCUCCUCUGCCGACUCCUCCUCUUCAGCCCGUCCCAGCGCGGAGGACGCCUCAGGGGCUCGCUCGGGGCUCGCGGUGGCCCCCGCGGACUGACUGCGGGCGCAGGCGAGCUCACUGCACACGGUGCCCAAAUACCUUCAGUGAUUAUUACACCGAAUUUUUUUUUCAAGGACACUCUCCUGAAGAGACCAGAAAAGUCAGUUUUUGCAGAUAAUAAUCUUCAGUUAAUGGAAUUGUCACAGAGAAGACUACAUGUGUCUCAUGAAGCCUAGGAUAAGAGAACAUCUCCUACCAAGAGAAAUACCAGACUUGAAAAACUACAAAGGUUGAAUCUUCUCCAGCCUGCAAAGCAAGAAAAAUGACAGAUUGAUCCCCAAAGGCGAACUCUCCUCUGGGAUCCACUGACUGCUGUCGGAAGUUCUACUGUGCUCCAAAGAGCUUUCGGUUGGAUGACAAAGACACCAAGAACAGUGCCUCAAGACGACUGGACAGGGUACACCCCUCGAGGUAAAGAGGAUGAGAUUCCCUGCCGGAGAAUGCGGAGUGGCAGCUACAUCAAGGCCAUGGGGGACGAAGACAGCGGUGACUCCGACACAAGUCCCAAACCUUCCCCCAAGGUGGCUGCACGGAGAGAAAGCUAUCUCAAGGCUACUCAGCCGUCGCUCACAGAACUCACCACACUCAAAAUUUCCAAUGAGCAUUCCCCCAAACUCCAGAUCAGAAGUCACAGUUACCUGAGGGCAGUAAGUGAGGUUUCCAUCAACCGAAGCCUGGACAGCCUCGACCCUGCAGGCCUGCUCACGUCCCCCAAGUUCCGGUCCAGGAACGAGAGCUACAUGAGGGCCAUGAGUACCAUCAGCCAGGUGAGCGAGAUGGAGGUGAACGGGCAGUUCGAGUCGGUGUGCGAGUCGGUGUUCAGCGAGCUGGAGUCGCAGGCGGUGGAGGCGCUGGACCUGCCGCUGCCCGGCUGCUUCCGCAUGCGGAGCCACAGCUACGUGCGCGCCAUCGAGAAGGGCUGCUCGCAGGACGACGAGCGCCUGUCCCUGCGGUCCUCGUCCCCGCCGCGCACCGCCACCACCGUGAGGACCAUCCAGAGCAGCACCGGUGUCAUAAAACUGAGCUCUGCAGUUGAAGUGUCAUCUUGCAUUACAACAUAUAAGAAGACACCACCUCCAGUCCCACCCAGAACUACCACGAAACCUUUCAUUUCUAUCACAGCCCAGAGUAGCACAGAGUCUGCUCAGGAUGCCUACAUGGAUGGACAAGGCCAGCGAGGAGAUAUCAUCAGCCAGUCUGGACUGAGCAACUCCACGGAGAGCCUGGACAGUAUGAAGGCUCUGACAGCCGCCAUCGAAGCUGCAAAUGCCCAGAUCCACGGCCCUGCCAGUCAACACAUGGGCAGCAACCCUGCCACUGUCACCACCACCACCACCACCAUUGCCACCAUCACCACAGAGGACAGGAAGAAGGACCACUUUAAGAAGAAUCGAUGUCUGUCCAUUGGGAUACAGGUGGAUGACGCUGAGGAACCUGACAAGGCUGGAGAAAGUCAAGCACCCAGCAAGUUCCACUCCAUAGGAGUGCAAGUAGAAGAAGACAAGUGCUUCCGCAGGUUCACCAGGUCCAACAGCGUGACGACCGCAGUGCAGGCUGACCUGGACUCCCGCGACAAUCUGGGAAACUCUCUGGAGUCUGCAGAGGACGAUUCCUGCCCGGGGCCAAUGGCCAGACAGUUCUCCCGAGAUGCCAGCACGUCUACGGUCAGCAUCCAGGGCUCAGGAAACCACUACCACGCCUGUGCCGCCGACGGCGACUUCGACGCUGAUUUUGACCCUUCCAUCCUGCCACCCCCGGAUCCCUGGAUUGACUCCAUCACCGAAGACGCCCUGGAGGCCGUGCAAAGGUCGGUGUGCCACCGUGACGGCCACUGGUUUCUGAAGCUUCUUCAGGCAGAGCGAGACCGCAUGGAAGGCUGGUGCCAACAGAUGGAGAGAGAAGAGCGAGAAAACAACUUGCCGGAAGACAUCCUAGAGAAAAUCCGAACAGCAGUGGGCAGUGCCCAGCUUCUCAUGGCCCAGAAAUUCUACCAGUUCAGAGAACUGUGUGAAGAGAACCUGAAUCCCAAUGCUCAUCCAAGGCCCACCUCCCAAGAUUUGGCGGGAUUCUGGGACAUGCUGCAAUUGUCCAUAGAAAACAUUAGUAUGAAAUUUGAUGAACUUCAUCAGUUAAAGGCCAAUAAUUGGAAACAGAUGGAUCCUCUUGACAAGAAGGAGAGAAGGGCCCCUCCUCCAGUGCCCAAGAAGCCGGCGAAGGGCCCCGCGCCGCUGAUCCGGGAGCGCUCCCUGGAGAGCUCGCAGCGCCAGGAGGCCCGCAAGCGCCUGAUGGCCGCCAAGCGCGCCGCGUCCGUCCGCCAGAACUCGGCCACCGAGAGCGCGGAGAGUAUCGAGAUCUACAUCCCCGAGGCGCAGACCCGGCUCUGAGCGCACCUGCGCCCACCUGCGCGCACCUGGGCCCGCCCGCCCUGCCCUCUGGCUCCCAGCUCAGUGACUUCCACUGCAGUCUGUCCAUCUUGCAGAAGCUGCCCCCCCCACCUCCACCUUCCCCAGACACCCCCCAUCCCACGCCCCCCUCUGCUGCCCGGACCAGUCUGUCCAUGCUCUUCACCUGCCACCUCCCUGUACUGAUGCCUCAGACGGACAGCCAACCCUUUUUCUUUUCUGGGCACAAGCCAAACCCAGCCCGUAGGAACCCCCCCCUUUAGACCACUCACCAUCCUCAGUUCUCCCCAGCUAGUCUGUCUCUUAGAGCUCAGCAAUAUAAAACCAUAGGGUAUUUCAGAAAACCAGUAUUAUAGGGUGAUCCUUUUGGGACUUAACUGUCUUCCACAUGAAAGAAACUAGGACUCUGAGAACCUUUAUCCCCCCCCCAAACAGUGAUUUUUUUUUUUUUUCAUGUACUUUACUUCCAACCUCAGAGAUCACACCAUUGCACCAGAAUCCAUGAGUGACAAGUUCAGAGGGGGCAAAGACGGGCUGGGGGUGGGGGCCUGGCGUAUGAAGAGGACCGGGGAGAAGCAAAGUCCACAGGUGCAGGGGGAGAGGUCGAGGGAGGGGCCUGCGUCACUUACAGCUGCACAAACUGCCUCACUGUUACUUCAUGUCACUGCUUUGAAUGUUUCAAUCAGCAGAAGACUGUAAAUUUGAUCCUUCAGGGAAAUCAAUCUAUUCUGAAAGGCAAUAAAAAGCAGGAAGGAAAAGCAGAGUGGAGGAAGCACUGAUCGUUUAAGAUACUAGACAAAGGAUUUUUUUUUUUUUUGUCCUAUUACUAAGAACACUUUAGAGCUGAAUUUUUAUUGUACUCUGUAUAUUAUACUGUUGUGAUGUUGGGGAACUUCAACGGGGGGAGUGUUGAUCUUGUCAAUUUGUUAGUGUCCGUUGGGGAGGCCUACCUAAUUACAAAUAUAUAAGUAUACAUGUGCUGAGGACGUGCUACGAAUAACAGCCAAGCUUGUUUUCAGAGAGAGAUGGGAUUUUCCUGUCAUUCUUUUUGAAUGCAACACACCUGUCUAUUUUCACCUAGUCAUUAGUUCCUUCUCCUCUUAGUCUGCUCUCACGAUGACACAGACUUCUAUCCUUCACCAGCACCAGGAUUUGUGUCCUACGGCAGACAGAUCAAAUUCUCCGACCCAGUCAGUAGACAUGCUGCAUCACUCUAGAGCUGCCCCUGUCCCCUGGAGGUCACAGGCAGUAAGAAAAAGAAGCUUGACCUAUAAGGGUUCAGUUACCAUGAGGAGGAGGGGGAGUCGGGACUUAUAAAAGGCUGAAGGAAACCCAGGCUUCUGGCAGGUGAUGGUAAUCAGGUCUUAUAGUCAUAAGGAUGGAUAGGCAGUGUACUGGAGUCAUCGUUCAGUGCCCUGGUUCCUAAAAUUGAGAAUGUGGUGAUCUUAAAGUACUUACUGGCAUUUUAUGCCUAGCUCCCACAUUAAAGCAUUAAGAAUUACCAUUGGAAAAGGAAGCAUUUUUUAAAAUGCAUCAAAUAUGCUUUUCUUAUAAAAGAGAAGCUCUUCUUUUUAAUACACUAGCAUAGCCAGGUGCUAAUUUUAUUUUGUUUAUGAAAUUAAGAGAGGUGAUAGGUUCUGUCAGGUCUUUUCUUGGACAUAUACUAAAACCACUAGAGAAUUUGCUACCUCUCAGAGCCAUGGAUGCUUUGAGCUAUCUUUAUAAAUAGGGCACACGUGUUCACUGCUGUGGCUUACAAGGAAAGGGCUACUAAUUUAUCUCAAAACCAACCAACACCUACUGAGGGUGAGCAAAGAACCUAGUGCUUUGCAAACUGGAAUACAGAGAUUGUGAGCUUCAAGUAUCUACUUGGUAAAGGAAAAGAAAAAAGUACACCUUUUCGUUACUUUCUAGCAGCAAUGGAAAGUCACGCCAAAGUCUGCAUAAGUAGAACCAACUGCCACAUUGGGUAGCUUAUGGUCACAUUCAAUCCUGGAGAUGACUUGGAAUUGUCAGAUGCAUCUGCAAGGAGCCACACCCACUUGGAGACCCAUGUUCCCAACGACAGCUCUGUGCCCUGAGGUAGAGAUAGGAUUUGGAUGAAGAAAUAGAUUUCUAAAAACAAUUUAAGAUCAUCCUAUAAUAUUUUCUUUGGAAACUGAUUUAGCCCAGGGUAUUUUAAAGAAAGAAAAGAGAAAGUCUAGUUUAUCUUCUCCAUACGAAUGGCAUUUGUAUAUUCAUAAGCUAUUUUUGGUAAGAAUUUUAAGUCUUUUAGCUGAAUGCCUACAGGGACUAUGACCCCCCUUCCUUUCAAUCACACUUUAAAUUGUACAAACACUUUAUAAGAAGCAGAUUAUUGAUGUUAAAACACGGCCACAUACAGCUGCUUGGCACCUACACUCCCCUCCCAGUGACAUCCAUGAGCCUGUUGUUUUUUAUGUGACUUGUAGAGAUGUUUUUUAGUUUAUAAUGGAAAAUGUAUGUACCCUGAAAAUUACUUAUUUUGUUUAACUUUGGUAUAAAAGUGUUUGGACAUUUUCUUGGGGAGGGGGUGAGGAUUGCAAAAGAGGUCUGUCUCCCUCCCACAUCAAAACAACUCAAAGAAUUAAGUAUUUAUUAUAUUUUUUGCAGAUGUUUCCAUACAAUUCACAUAACCUUUUUGUAAAGAGAGAUGAAGAAAUGGAUUAAAGAUUUUUAAUAUUUGAAAUGGUAAAUAGAACUAAUUUAUUUGUAAUAUAUUUCUGUUAUUUAUAGAUGUCUCCUUAAUGUUUUACUGUGUUUUAGCACUUUGAUUUAAGCCCUAGCCUGUGAAUUUACCAUUUCUUUUUUAAAACAUGUCUAAAUGCAUAUUUUAAAUAAAUGGAAUAUAAAUCCCUAGCAUAUCUAAAUUCCCAAAUGUAAUUUUUAAAAAUUAUUUUGGCUUAGAAAAAAAAGAUUCAUUUAAAGCCUUCAGCUGGAGGGGUGGAACCAUUUUUCUGGCUUUGUGAAUUGGAAUUUCAUAGGCUUAUUUACCUAGACUGUGUGUGGACAAAAAAAAAAAAAAAAAAGUUGUAAAUAGAUGAAUGUUUCCCAUAAUGUAAAAAGAAUAAAUUAAUAAAAUAACUAAUGCACUGCUUUCA